CGCCGAGCGCAAAUUCCUCCGCGCAGCGCGCCAUUGACUGGACCGAGCAACUUAUUUAAGGCUGGAAAGUGACACAGGGGCGCCUCGUCUGUGCCGGCCGCGCUCCGCCGGGCAGCCCGGCCGCACCGAGCCCAGCGCCGCGGCGCGGGAUGCCGCCCGGGUGACCGCCCCGAGCCCGGCCGCCGCCUCGCCGCUCUCCGGACAAGGAGCCGCGUCCCGCCGCUGCCCCGCCAGGACCGCGGGAAGGGGCUUUCUUCUGGGGUGCUUUUUGUGUUGCUGCAUUUGGGGAUUUUUUUUAUUUUGGUUUUUUUUUUUUCUCUUUGGAUUUUUUUUUUUUUUUUUCUUUACCCUUCUUCUUUCUCCGCUCCGGGCUGCGCUUUCGCGGAGAGUUUCACCGUCCUCCCCCGCCCCGCGCCGCCGGGCUCCGGCCGAGCAUGGAGAAGUACGAGGAGGACAUGGCACUGAAGGCCACCAAGUUCAUGGAGGACCUGUCCCUGUACGAGCCCUGCCCGGAGGGUCCGUACGGCCGGGGCGGCCGCCGGGACCUGGCGCUGCACCCCGACCUGGAGGAGACCAAGCGGGUCAUCGCCGCCCACAUGACGGCGGAGCAGCGGGGCCGGAAGAUGAACGGCCCCGCCGCGCCGCCGCCGCCCGCCGAAGGCUUCCCCGCCGCCGGCCGCGGCUCGGCCGGCCCCGCCGUGGUCAGCCCCCGCUCCAGCAUCUCCAGCCAGAGCUCGCGGAGCUCCCGCGGCUCCAUGAGCGCCUACCCCGAGCUGCAGCUGCCGUCGCCCCGCUCGUCCCUGCUGGGGCCCGGGCUGCAGGAGGACGGCGCCGUGCCCGAGCUGGGGGACGCGUUCCACCGGAUCCAUGCCCAGUCCCCGCCGCGGCACGACCAGCAGCACCCGGCCGGCGCCCCCGAGCCGCCGCCCCCCUACGCCUACAGCCCGACCAAAGGCUCCGCUUCGGCUCCCAAAUUCAAGCUCCCCUACCAGGUGACGCCGUGCCGGGAGAGCGGCCCCAGCCAGGCGGAGAGGCGGCUGGAGGCGCUGACGCUGGAGCUGGAGAAGGAGCUGGAGAUGCACAUGAAGAAGGAGUACUUCGGUGAGUGGGGCGGGGGGAGCGGGCGGCUGGAGGGCGGCGGUGUGCGGGGCCGGCCGAGUCGGGCCGUGGAGAAGGCGGGUGUGCGAUGCCCGGGGCUGCUCUGGACCAGGUGCCUGCUGAAGUCUCACAUGGCCACAGACACUGUCUGGUGUCCGAAGUGCUCGCACCGUAGUUCGCUCCCGGUAUGUGAACCCUCUCCCGUCUCUUCCUAA